UCCACCAGUGUCACCUCCAGCGCUGUCACCUCCACCAAUGUCACCCCCACUGGUGUCACCACCACCGAUGUCACCUCCACUGGUGUCACCUCCACCGAUGUCACCUCCACCGCUCCAGCCACCACCUCAGCAGGGACCUCCACUGUCUCUUCUGCUACUGAGGGAACCCCAACUGCUGUCACCUCCACCAGUGUCACCCCCACUGAUGUCACCUCCACUGCUCCUGCCACCACCUCAGGAGGAUCCUCUGCUGUCUCCUCUUCUACUGAGGGAACCACCACUGCUGUCACCUCCACUGGUGGCACCACCACAGAUGUCACCUCCACCAGUGUCACCCCCACAUCAUCUCCCACUGCCUCAGGAGCGUCCUCUACAGCCUCUUCCACAACCCUGCAAGGACCCUCCACCGAUGUCACCUCCACUGCUGUCACCUCCACCAGUGUCACCUCCGCUGAUGUCACCUCCACUGCUGUCACCCCCACAGCAUCUCCCACUGCCUCAGCAGCAUCCUCUACAGCCUCUACUACAACCCUGCUAGGACCCUCCACUGGUGUCACCUCCUCCGAUGUCACCUCCACUGUUCCUGCCACCACCUCAGGAGGAUCCUCCGCUGUCUCCUCUACUACUGAGGGAACCUCCACCAGUGUCACCUCCAUAGAUGUCACCUCCACGGGUGUCACCCCCACCGCUGUCACCUCCACCAGUGUCACCUCCACCAGUGUCACCUCCACCAGUGUCACCUCCACUGCUCCUGCCACCAGCUCAGGAGGAUCGUCCGCUGUCUCCUCUACUACUGAGGGAACCCCCAGUGGUGUCACCUCCACUGCUGUCACCUCCACCGGUGUCACCUCCACCAGUGUCACCUCCACUGCUCCUGCCACCAUCUCAGGACAGAACCCCGCUGUCUCCUCUACUACUGAGGGAACCUCCACCAGUGUCACCUCCACUGGUGUCACCUCCACCAGUGUCACCUCCAUCAGUGUCACCUCCUCCGAUGUCACCUCCACCGCUCCUGCAACCAGCUCAGGAGGGACUUCCGCUGUCUCCUCUUCUACUGAGGGAACCACCACUACUGUUUCCUCCGCCGUUGUCACCUCCACUGGUGUCACCCCCACUGGUGUCACCACCACCGAUGUCACCUCCAUCAGUGUCACCCCCACCGAUGUCACCUCCACUGCUCCUGCCACCACCUCAACAGAGACCUCUGCUGUCUCCUCUACUACUGACGGAACCUCCACCAGUGUCACCUCCACUGGUGUCACCACCACUGGUGUCACCUCCUCUGAUGUCACCUCCACUGCUCCUGCCACCACCUCAGCAGGGACCUCCACUGUCUCCUCUACUACUGAGGGAACCACCACUGCUGUCACCUCCACUGGUGUCACCUCCACCAGUGUCACCCCCACCGGUGUCACCUCCACUGCUCCUGCCACCACCUCAGUAAUGACCUCCACUGUCUCCUCUACUACUGAGGGAACCUCCACCAGUGUCACCUCCACUGGUGGUACCUCCUCCGAUGUCACCUCCACAAGUGUCACCUCCACUGCUCCUGCCACCACCUCAGCAGGGACCUCCACUGUCUCCUCUACUACUGAGGGAACCCCCACCACUGUCACCUCCACAGACGUCACCUCCAUCAGUGUCACCUCCACUGGUGUCACCUCCACAGAUGGCUCCUCCACUGGUGGCACCACCACGGAUGUCACCUCCACUGGUGUCACCUCCACCGGUGUCACCCCCACUGAUGUCACCUCCACUGCUCCUGCCACCACCUCAGGAGGAUCCUCCGCUGUCUCCUCUACUACUGAGGGAACCACCACUGCUGUCACCUCCAUCGCUGUCACCUCCACGGGUGUCACCACCACGGAUGGCACCUCCACAGAUGUCACCUCCAGCAAUGUCACCUCCACUGGUGUCCCCCCCACCGAUGUCACCUCCACUGCGCCUGCCACCACCUCAGCAGGGACCUCCGCUGUCUCCUCUACUACUGAGGGAACCUCCACCAGUGUCACCUCCACCAGCGUCACCUCCACCGAUGUCACCUCCACCGGUGUCACCUCUACUGCUGUCACCUCCACUGCUGUCACCUCCACUGGUGCCACCUCCACAGAUGUCACCUCCACUGGAACCACCCCCACUCCUGUCACCUCCACAGGUGUCACCUCUACUGGCGUCACUUCCACUGCUGUCACCUCCACAGAUGUCACCUCCACUGGCGUCACCCCCACUGCUGUCACCUCCACUGGAACCACCCCCACUCCUGUCACCUCCACUGCUGUCACCUCCACAGAUGUCACUUCCACAGAUGUCACCUCCACUGUCGUCACCUCCACUACUGUCACUACCACUGCUGUCACCCCUACAGAUGUCACCUCCACAGAUGUCACCUCCACUGCUGUCACCUCCCCAGCUGUCACCUCCACAGCUGUCUCGUUCACUGGUGUCACCACUUCAGCUGCCACAUCUUCUGCUGUCACCUCCUCUGGCAUCACUUCCACUGCUGUCACCUCUACGGAUGCUGCCACCUCCAAUGGCGUCACCUCCACUGAUGUCACCUCCACAGAUGUCACCUCUUCUGCUAUUACUCCUACAGAUGUCACCUCCACAGACGUCACUUCCUCAGAUGUCACCUCCACUGCUGUCACCUCCACUGCUGUCACCUCCACUGAUGUCACUUCCACUGCUGUCUCCACUUCAGAUGCCACAUUUACUGCUGUCACUUCCACUGCUGUCACCUCCACAGAUGUCACCUCCACUGCUGUCACCUCCACUGCUCUCACCUCCACAGAUGUCACCUCCACUUCUGUCACCUCCACUGGUGCCAACUCCACAGAUGUCACCUCUACUGGCAUCACCUCCACUGCUGUCACCUCCACUGCUGUCACCCCCACAGCUGUCACCUCCUCAGCUGUCUCGUUCACUGGUGUCACCACUUCAGCUGCCACAUCUUCUGCUGUCACCUCCUCUGGCAUCACUUCCACUGCUGUCACACCUACAGAUGUCACCUCCACUGCUGUCACCUCCACUGGAACCACCCCCACUCCUGUCACGUCCACAGAUGUCACCUCUACUGACGUCACCUCCACUGGUGCCACCUCCACAGAUGUCACCUCCACUGGAACCACCCCCACUCCU